CCCAAGUAGUUCGAAAUGAGAUGUUCACCAGGGACCAAGUGGACUGGAUUCCUCUAUCUCCUCUGUCAGCUGCUGCGCUCUCUUCCGCUGCAGGCAGCUGGCAGCCAGGCACCCAGCAAUGGCAUCGGCAUAGGCUUGAUGGACUCCUUGACGGCAGCACUGAACGCAUCCAGCUGGGCGCUGACCAGCGAUUGGCCACCCAAUGCAGUUGGAAACCUGGCAAGUUCGGCUAGCUACGAUUACAUCGUGGUGGGUGCGGGCAGCGCGGGCUCCAUUGUGGCCAGUCGGCUGGCGGAGCAGCCGAAUGUGACGGUCCUGCUGCUGGAAGCGGGUGAGGAUCCGCCGCUCGAAUCGGAGAUCUAUGCGCUAAGCGGCUCAAUGCAUCACGACUCGCGCUACAUGUGGCUGGACGAGGCGGAGCCGAAUCCCCUGUGCUGCCAGGCCAUGGAGCCGCCGCACGGCUGCUGCUGGUGGCACGGCCGCAUGCUGGGCGGCACGGGCGCCAUCAACGGGAAUAUCUAUGUGCCGGGCAGUCCGGCCGACUUUCACAACUGGCGCUGGCGCCUCGGCCUCCAGGGCUGGGACUGGCCCAAGGUGCAGAGCGCCUAUCGGCAGCUGGAGGCGCGACUGAAGCUCAGCUACUUCCCCCUCGAGCCGCACAACCAGCGGCUGGCCGAGCUCAUCUAUGCAGCCAUCGAGGAGCUGGGCGUGCCCCGGCUGCAGCAGCCCCUGCGCUCGGGCAGCAGCUUCGGCUACACGCAUCGGGUGCCCGUGACGACGCACGAGGGCCGGCGGGUGAGCAGCGCUCGCAGCUACCUGGCCGGAGUCAACCGACCCAAUCUCAGCGUGCUGCGCGGCGCCCAGGCCCAGCGGCUGCUGCUCAGCUCCAGCGGACGACGCCUGCGCGGCGUCAGCUACCAUCACGCGGCCAGCAAUCGAACGCUCACCGCCUGGUCCAGCCGGGAGCUGAUCCUAAGCGCCGGCGCUCUCAACUCUCCCAAGCUGCUGCUGCUGUCCGGCAUUGGGCCCAGGCGGCAGCUGAGCAGGCUGGGCAUACGGCCGCGGGUGCAGGUGGAGGGCGUGGGCAGGAACCUGCACGAUCAUGGCAUGCUGCCGCUGCUGCUGCGCUUCGCAGCCUCGGGCUGCGCUCUGAACAGCAGCCAGGCUGCGAGUGGGCGUGACGCCUUCGAGCCCGCCUCGGUGGCCGAGUACCUGCUGCAGGGACAUCGCGGCCCGCUGGCCGCCGGCUUCUCGAUGAUGGGCUUCAUCAACUCGAGUGCGCCGACCAGUCGCUCCGGCCAGCCGGAUGUGCAUGUGGUCGCCCACUCGCUGCUGGCUCGCGGCGGCGCCGGUAGCUUUGGCUACCUGGGCUUCCGCCCGGAGCUGAUUGCCGCUCAGCGUGCGGCACUGCAGCAGACGGACCUGAUGCAGAUCAUGGGCUCGCUGCUCCUGCCCAAGUCGCGCGGCAGCGUCUCGCUGCGCAGCAGAGAUCCGCAGCAGCCGGCGCUGGUGAGGAACAGCUAUGCCUCGCAUCCGGACGAUCGUGCCACGCUGUUGCGCUACGUGCGCUACGUGCAACGGCUGCUGCGCACCAGCGCCUUCCGGCGCUGCGGCCUGAGCUUGUGGCUGCCGCCGCUGCCCGAGUGCGAUGUCCUCGAGCCGGACUCGGAUGCCUACUGGCGGUGCCACAUACGCUACAUGUUUGUGGGCGCGUGGCAUGCAGUCGGCAGCUGCCGCAUGGCCACGCCCAACGAGCCCCUGGGCGUCGUCGACGAGCGACUGCGCGUCCGCGGCAUCCAGGGUCUACGGGUAGCCGAUGCCAGCAUCAUGCCAGAGAUUACGGCGGGCAACACAAAUGCGCCGGCCAUGAUGAUUGGCGAGCAGGCGGCGCGUAUGAUCCUUGAGGAUCAGCUGCAGGAGCAACACCAGCUGCCCAAUGAGCUGCCCGAUCUGACAGCAGCUGAAGAUCCGCAAACACCCGGCGAAACCAACGAGAUUAUUCCUUAA